GUUGUGGCUUCAGCAACGGGGCAGCUUAGACUUCUUGUUCUCCAGCUUUCCCCUUACUGAACUUCGGGCCAACUGGGCGAGCAGAAAGAUGAGGCGGGUGCAAUGAGCCGCCAGAUUGCUUUCUCUCUCUCUCUCUCUUGCUUCUCAUGCCACUCUGGCGUACCCCUCAGAGUCGUGAUGGCCCUACGUGGAAGCUCGUGCAGUAUAACCCGCUGGCGUGUAUGCGUGCGGACAGAGUAGAACAUGUGUGCCAGGUGUUUGCAGAUGUGGAGGUAGUGGGCUUGACAGAGACUCAGCUGAGGGCCAGAGAGGUGGAUAUCCAGAGACGGGGAGUGCUUGGUUUGAUCGAGGCGGGCUGGCAGCGAAGCCCCUUUUCGAAUCGUUCUUGCGGUAUCUCCGUGCUGUUGCAUCGUCGCUUUCGGGACGAGCAUGUGCGAGCAGUGCGAGGGGGGCCUGCUGGCAUGCUGGGGAGAUGCCUUGCGGUGAGAGUCAGGACCAAAAGCGAGGAGUUCACGGUGCUGGCCCUCUAUUUCUCCCCCAGGGUGACGGAGACGAAGGAGCAGGCCCCUUACGAGAGGACGGUACGCAUGCUGUUUCAGUGGCUGUCGAACGAGCUGGCAGGGUGCCCCGCCAGGUCGGUGCCAGUGAUUUUGUGCGACCUCAACGACGGGAUCGGCUUGGCCAAAGCGUCGGAAACAGUGAUCGUGGAUCCAGAGGUUGUCCCGUCCGCAGGUGCCUGUGUUGAGCACUUCGCGGGGGCCGCUUUUCGCGCAGUCCUGCAGGCGCAGUACAUGUCGGCCUUCUCCACGCUGAGCGACGUACCGACGUUCUACGGCACCGGCCACACAUCCAUCGUGGACUAUGUCUGCCUCCCGACGGCCAUGGCGCAAGCUGUGCGCGUUGCGGGCCCCCUGGUAGGCAAAGGUAGGCAGUUGCAACUGAUCAGCACGGCGACGCGUCGUGAUCACCUCCCUGUUUUAAUGGAGGUCGUCAGGCCAUCGUUCGCGCGAGAGGUGCUCGGGGCCUCGCCAGCCCCCCUCGUGCGCUGGGACAACGGCGCUUGCACCCCGACGCGAUGAUGGCAACGCUUCGAGCAGGGAGGGGGCUUUGUGAGUUUCUG